AUGGCCUCCGGGUUUUAUGGACUCUGGGUCGUGUUCCCAGCGGUUCCUGCUGGUACUCUGCGCGUACCGGCAUGGACUUUCCGUAAGAGACCACGAGGGCAGCCGAGAAUCUGCUCAGAGCCGGCCGUGGGCGCGGCGCAAAACAGCAACAGUCCAGAAGGCCCGGGGAAGCUUGCCUCGAACUCUGGUGAAGCGGGCGCUGUGGGGUGUACGGCCAAGGUACAUGGCAGGUUCCUGGACGGUGUCAUCAUCCGUUGGGGGGGCUCUUGGGGCGGUGUUGCGCCUCGACGGGCGAAUGACCAGCGCCCGAGCCUGGGCCUAUCAGCAGCCAAGCGGGGUGGAAUGACCCCCCUCUAUGCGCUGUGA